GUUCAAACGGUUCCGCGCGGACCGGGCGGAGCAAGGAAGCUCAGAGAGCUCUCCUCGUCAACCUGUGAAUCCCCGCUCCAGCACCACCGACGAAUGGACUCGCCGAAGUUGGCCGUCGCAACCGGCAUUUGAUCAUCACAAUGUCCCUCUACGAACCCCCGAAGGAGCGCUCUAUAGGCACGACUCCAUUGCCACGAUGGCGACCGGCUCGGACUCGAGGUUCUUCACGUCUGCGCCACCCAAGAAUCCUCAAGGCCUGACGCUGGUGCACGAACCCCAUGAUGCUACGGCCGACGUGAUAUUUGUUCAUGGCCUUGGCGGGUCUUCUUGGACUACGUGGUGCUGGAGGCACGACUCAUCCAUGUUUUGGCCCGCCUGGCUUCAACAUGAGCAAGGACUAUCAGAGUUUAGGAUCUUCACGUUCGGAUACAAUGCCAACUGGCGUGGUCCAGACACGCCACUGAGCAUCCUUGACUUCGCCAAGGGCUUGCUGAUUCGGAUGAGGGGGUUUGGCGACGAGGAUCCCAGCGGGGCUCAGCCUCUUGGGAAGGUUUGUGCCGUUAUGAUAACAACCACUGGGUGGUGAAGCCCG